AUGUUUCUGCUGCUGUUAGACAUUGCAAUUUUAACGGGCGCGCACGAUGUAAAAGUCGGACUUCUCUUCAUUGGAUCACCGGAAUUAACAACAACAGUGUUCCACUCCGGUCGUUUUGUCAACUCUGCUGCAGCUGUUCUGUUGGCCGAGGACAAACUGGAUGGCGAAGGAUUGGUGCCAAAUGUCACUUUCAACUAUGUGUGGUACUUUGACGAUUGCGAGAGUACCCUUACUGCAGGCUAUAUCUACAAACUUAUCAAUGAAGACCACGUAAAUGUAAUCCUUGGACCUACUUGCUAUGAGCCAGCAAUAGUAGCGCGAACAGUGGCGCAGUAUUACAACGUCCCAUUGUUUGUUUGGGGCAGUACGCUGCCAUCAUCGUUCGCUGCCGAGGACUACCCAAAUGUCGCCCUCGUUUCACUUACAACAACCACAUUUGCGAAAGCAGUAUUUGACCUAAUGAGAGAAUAUCGUUGGGUUGAUUUUGGUUUUAUAUCGAUACUCGAGCGGAAUGUGAAAACGCUACCACGAUGCGACUACAUACAAAAUGAUUUACAGGUUUUGGUUCUGAUGCUUUUCCUCACAUACGCUUCUGUUUUUGGAACUGAGAAGUAG